UUUCAAAUUUUUUCCCGCUCUCUUACAAUAUUUAAAUUCAAAUUAUUCUGAACUCUUAUCUUAUUUUAUAUUAAUUGUCUUGUCUUUUCAUAUCUAAUUAUCUUAUUUAAGUUUUUUCUUUUUACAACUGUUAGAUUUAGGUUAUGUUAAUUUAAAUGAAGCAAAGUCCAACAAAAUAGUAGUUAUUGCAAAAUAAAAAUGUUGAAGACAAUGCAAUAUCGUUGCAAAACCCUUCUAUUUAAUCCUCCUAUCAAAAAGGCAGUUGAAAGAUUCAUGUCAGAUUACCAGUUUAUCAAGACCGAUUUUGCCAAUGAAGUUAAGAACAUUGUAAUGUGUGACCCAAAAACUAGAAAUGCCUUGAGUGCCUCAAUGAUGGAAGGCUUACUAAAUGCUAUAGUUGAAGUCAAAGAGAAUCCUGAAAUACGCGUUGUAGUAAUUUCAGGCGAAGGCCCUGCUUUUUCAGGAGGCCACAAUUUGAAAGAAAUAGCUGACAAUGUAGAAAUACAAAACAAAGUCUUCCAAACAGCCUCCAAUCUAAUGAUGUCCAUAAUUGACUGUCCGGUACCCGUAAUAGCAAAAAUCGAUGGUAUGGCCAUUGCGGCUGGUUGCCAGUUGGUUGCCCAAUGCGACAUUGCAAUAGCUUCAGAUAAAAGCACCUUUUCAACACCAGGUGCAAACUUUGGUAUUUUCUGCUCGACUCCCGGAAUAGCAUUAUCCAGAUGUGUAAGCAAAAUGCCUAGCUUAUACAUGCUCCUUACCGGACUUCCCGUAAAGGCGCAAGAAGCCAAAGAAAUAGGCCUGAUUACAAAGGUUUGUCCCAGCGAAAAACUGGACGAAGAAGUCGAUUUUGUUUGUAAUGCUAUUAAAGCGAAAAGCAGGGACGUUGUAGAGCUGGGCAAAAGGUUUUAUAACGAACAAAUUUGCCACGAUGUUAAAACCGCUUAUAAGUUAGGGGCCGAUAAAAUGGUUGAAAAUCUUCAGAUGGGCGAUUGUAAAGAAGGAAUCAGGAGUUUUAUUGAGAAAAGGAAACCUAAUUGGGGUAUGGGUUGUGAUACUAAACAAAUAAAUAAAUAA